AUGGAAGUCCCCGAAACUAAAUAUGUGCCUUCAAAGAAUAAAAAAAUUGAUAUAGAAUCCUUGCAGAGCAAAACUCAGGAAGAAUUAAUAGAAAUUAUUCGGCAAUUACAAGCUCACAAUGAACAAUUAAAAGCUAUCAUUUCAAAGAAUUGCGGAGUAGAAAAACAUGAUCAUGAUCAUAGGAAGAACAAUGAUUUUGAUUUCUCCAGAUGCAAGUGGUCGCAUAUUCUUUUAAAGCUUGUUUAUUUUGGUUGGGAUUAUCAAGGAUAUGUUUGUCAAGAUGAUACAUUAGAUACAAUAGAACAUCACUUAAUUCAAGCUUUGCUGAAGUGUCGCUUGAUUAAAUCCAGGGAAACUAGCAAUUAUCAUCGAUGUGGCCGUACUGAUAAAGGAGUCAGUUCUUUCAGUCAGGUGAUUUCUAUAACAGUUCGAGCUUCUGAUGAAGAAAAAAACCCUUUAGAUUAUUGUAAAAUGUUAAAUAGGUUAUUGCCUGACGAUAUUAAAGUAAUAUGUUGGCAACCAGUUGCGGAAGAAUUCAGUGCACGCUUUAAUUGUAAUAACAGAACUUACAGAUAUUUCUUCCCAAAAGGAGAUUUGGAUAUAGAGGCUAUGCAAGAGGGAACAAGGUACCUUUUAGGGACACACGAUUUUAGAAAUCUUUGUAAAAUGGAUGUUGGUAAUGGUGUCACCAAUUUUAUUAGAACAAUAGAUCAUGCCGCUGUAUCAAAAUUAGAGGAUUUUCAUUAUCAAGGUACUGGGUAUGACAUGUAUUUUUUUGAAUUGAAAUCACAAGCUUUUUUGUGGCAUCAAGUUCGCUGCAUUGUCGCUGUUCUUUUGUUAAUCGGAAGGAAACUAGAGAAACCAUGUGUAUUUAAUGACCUGUUAGACAUCACAAAAAACCCAAGAAAACCUCAAUAUCCUAUGGCUCAUCCAAUUGGACUAAAUUUAUUCCUGACUGAAUUCGAAUGUGGGAAUUGGAUUUUGGAUGAAGCAGAAAUCAGUCGUGUAAUAGAAACUUUACAAAAACAUUGGACUAUGAAUACCAUAAAAGUGACUCACAUUAAAUCAUCAAUAUUGGAAUUAUCAAAAGUAGUUUCUAAAGAAAUAAAUGCUCAAGAUUCAGUGCUACUGAGGCAGGAGUCUAAAAUUUAUAAACCACUUCUUACAAGAAAUAAAUGUAGUACAUUAGAAGAAAAGAUCUGCCACUUUGUAAAAAGAAGACGUAUCAAAGAAAAUGUGGAAUGA